GAUAGAGUAUAAUUGAAUUUUUUAUUUGGAUAUAAAAUCUUGUAUCAUCUGUUUCUCAUAUUACUGUUUUUUUCCAAAGUUCAAAUGAAUGAUUUUUUAUGGUUGAUUUUUAAGAUAAUAUACAGAGUGUGUAAUAAUGGACAAUUUAAUUUUGUUUUCAUAACCAAUAAUAGUUUCAAUAUUUUAUAUCUACUGAACAAAAUUCAUUUUAAACUUAAUGUUAUAUCAAUUAUAACUUGAUUGGUGAAAGAUCUUUGUGAUGAAAAUGUCCUAGAUAUAUAACUGAUCUAACCCUUAUAAAAGAAGUUUUUGAGUGAAAGUUUAUUUGUCAACGUAAAUAUCAUAAAUUAAGUUAGGUUAUAUUUUUCGUUAAAUAAACAUGGUUUUUAGAAGGAUUACACUUUUUCGACAAUUAAAUUAUGUUAGAUCAUAUUGUAAAAAGAACGAAUCAAAAUCACAAGAAAAAGACGCGCCGAUUCUAACGAUUCCAGAAACUUUUAGUAGGCAAGGCGACAAUGGUACUUCCAAGACUAUAAAUGGAGAUAUAAUGGAUAAAGAUAAUGAUAUAUUUAACGCUAUAGGAGCAGCAGAAGAACUUUUGAGUUACCUAGGCUUAGCUAGAGAACACGCUCAUGAAUCAGAACAACAGUAUACGGAUAAGUUGAAAAGAAUUCAGACUAUAAUUAUAGAUAUUAGUACAGCAAUUUCAAAAUCUACAACAACUAAAACUGCUAUACCUUGUGUUUAUACAAAAGAACUGGAAGAUUGGAUACAUGAAUAUUCUAAACAACUACCACCUCCUGAGAGAUAUAUAAUUCCUGGUGGAGGUGUUGCAAGUGCCUCUCUACAUGUAGCUAGAGCAAUUUGUAGGAAAACUGAAAGAGUAAUCGUGCCGUUGGUCCGUAAAGGUUGUUUAGACAAAGAAGCUCUAAUUUAUCUAAAUCGAUUGUCAGAUUUUCUAUUUACUGCCUCUAGGAUAGCUGCUAAACAUGACCAAAGGGCCGAAAGCAUUUAUAUACCAAAGCAAGAUGAGAAAAUUCAGGCGCACGUGGAAGAAAAAACUAUUUGAAAAUUUCCAAGAUAAUAUGGACUGUUCAUAAAUAGAAAUGAUAUUAAAUUGAAUCUGUUAUAAUAAAUUUAAAAAAAAACUCAUAUAUCAAUUUUUUAUUGGCAAAUAUUUAAAAUUGGAUUUUGACUGGUUAAUAUGUGAGUAGUAAAAUUCACAACCUUGGAAGUUACAAAAAUGAUAAAAGGAAAUAACAUCCUGAUGAUAUCAACUGAUUGUGUGUAAUAAAAACUUGAAAUUGGAAUUGAAAGUGUCAAAUGUCCUUAAUACUUUAUUUACAAGGCAUAAAUAGUAUGAAAGGAAUCAAUAAAAUGUUCUGGAUCUAUCAAAUAAUGAUUAGGAGAGAACAGGAAAAGAUAAAGUAGUAGGAAUACAAAAAAUGUUGCUUUCAUCACACAGAAGCAACAAGCUUGUUAUCCAAGGUAAGAUGUGCAAAAAAGGAAGAUGGAAAAUGUAGAAUCCGGCAAGACUGAAGAAAUAUUUUGGUCAAAAAACAUUGCAGCUAGUUGCUACUAUCAUCAAAUAAGUACUUUGCUCAAAAACAUUGUGCGAAACUAUUCCUACUCCAUUUUAUGCAUUAAUUAGAAGUUUUUAAUCUUUCUUCAUUUUAUAUUUGAAUAAAUUUUGUCAACACUUUUAAAUGGUCGUCUAUUAAAAUAUAAACUUCUCA